UGAAAUGGAAUAACUUCUAUAAAACUGCAAAUAUGGAGGGUAAGAGACUAUUUCUAAACAUUUCAGUUUAUUUAUUUUAAUGGUAUGUUAACUUUAUUAAAUUAGGUGUUUACUGUUGGAAAAAAAUGAAGGGAGCCAAACCUUCAUUUAGUAUUUAUUUGGUAAGUUUCAUCCUGCCUAGGGGCCACACAUUUCAGAAACACACGAGAUCGCAAAGUGCUGAAAAAGCAUUAGGUCAUCUGUUGUAACAUGCCUCGGAAUGACAGUUUCCACUCCCACUUUGAACAUCCAUUUGAACAUCCAUAAAUUAGCCAGAGUGGAGGCAGAAAACUACCACAACAGGAGGCUGUUAUUUCUUUGGCCCGUAGCUUUGGAUUUGUUAAAAUGAGAGUUACGUUGAUGCAAGUUUGGAUGUCUGUAGCACUAGUUUCCACGGCUGUGGACUCUAACAUUUGCACUUCUAGAGGAGUGAGUACCUGUAAAGAAUGUCUGUCUAUCCAUCCUACCUGUGCCUGGUGUUCUCAGGAGACCUUUGGAAAGGGGGUGUCCAGUUUGUCCCGUUGUGAUCUGAGGGCCAGUCUCAUUCAGUCUGGUUGUGGUGUUAAGUUCAUUGAGUUUCCAGUUAGUAGCAUUAAGAUACUAAAGGACCUCGCCUUAAGUGACAGGGCGUGGGGCUCAGCGAGUGACAUCGUGCAGAUGCAACCACAAAAAAUACAUCUGACACUCAGGCCAGGCGAUUCAAAGCAUUUCACCGUCAAUGUAAAGCAAGUAGCCGAUUACCCCGUUGACCUCUACUACCUGAUGGAUAUGACAAGCACCAUGAAAGAUGACCUGCAGAAGCUUUUUGUUCUGGGCAGUGACCUGCCUCGUGCUUUAGGCAGUGUCACCAGUAAUCUACGAAUGGGGUUUGGAGCUUUUGUAGACAAACCUCUCUCACCUUAUAUGUACAUUUACCCCGAAAAAAUCAUCACGAACCCUUGCUACAAGAGUCAUGAUACCUGCCCCCCGCAAUUUGGCUAUCACAAUGUGCUGUCGCUGACGGAGCAGGUGGAACGAUUCACAGAGGAAGUGAAUAAACAGAAAGUGUCCAGAAAUAGAGAUGCUCCAGAAGGAGGAUUUGAUGCUAUACUGCAAGCAGUCGUAUGCAAGGAUAAAAUUGGUUGGAGGCCUGAUGCCUCUCAUUUGCUGGUCUUCGCUAGUGAUGAUAGGAGUCAUUUGGCUCUGGAAGCCAGACUCGCUGGAAUUGUCCAGCCUCAUGAUGGGGAAUGCUAUAUCAACAAAAACAAUGAAUAUGACAUGUCCACUAUACUGGACUAUCCUUCACUUGGUCUAAUCACAGACAAGAUAUCUGAGAAUAAUGUCAAACUCAUCUUCGCUGUAACCAGUAAUAUUGUGUCACUGUAUCGUAAUUAAAGUGAGCUGAUUCCUGGUUCUGCAGUGGGGACACUAUCUAGAAAUUCCGAAAAUGUCGUUCAACUUAUUCUAGAUGCUUAUGCAAAAAUCAGGUCCAAGAUUGAGCUGGAGCUGUUGGAUGUUCCGGAUGAGUUAUCGCUGUUCAUCAACGCAACCUGUCUGGAUGGAGAAGUCAUUGCUGGUGUCCGAUCCUGUGCCGGAGUCAAAAUUGGGGAUAAGGUCUCAUUCAGCAUUGAAGCGAAACUUCACGGCUGUCCCAAAGAGAAGAACCGAACCUUCACUGUAAAAACAAUGGGCUUCAAAGAUACUCUUGAGGUCACUGUUGAAUUUGAGUGCGACUGUACAUGUCAGCAGUCCUCUGAACCCGCAAGCCCCUUCUGUCACCAUGGCAACGGAACCUUAGAGUGUGGCAUGUGUCUGUGCGAUCCGGGCCGACUGGGCUCCCGAUGCGAGUGUUCCGAGGGCGAAUAUAAGCCCACCCAGCAAGACAGGUGUAGCCCUAACCCGGAGACACCGGCCUGUAAUGGGCGGGGAGACUGCGUGUGUGGCCAGUGUGCCUGUCGCUCGAGUGAUUUUGGGAAGGUUUGGGGCCCAUACUGUGAAUGUGAUGAUUUUAGCUGUCUUCGUUCUAAAGGAGAGUUGUGUUCAGGUAAUGGCGAGUGCAACUGUGGGUCAUGUCAGUGUAACUCAGGGUGGUCUGGUGAGAUCUGUAACUGUUCGACCCGCACCGACACCUGUAUAGGGAGUGGAGGGUUGCUCUGUAGUGGCCGGGGCCACUGCUCGUGUGGUGUCUGUGAGUGCACCCAACCAGGAGCUUAUGGCUUAACCUGUGAGAAGUGUCCCACCUGCCCAGAUGCCUGUACCAUCAAAAAGGAGUGUGUGGAGUGUAAACACUACAAGAGAGGAGAUCUGUUUGAGAAGAACUGCAAUAACAUCUGCAGAGAUGAGAUUGUGCCGGCGGAUGUGCUGGUCUUUCGUGAGAAGAACUCAGUGAACUGCAGCUACAAAGAUGAGGAUGACUGUGUGCAGAACUUCCAGUAUUAUGAAGAUGCCAGCGGAAAGUCUUUCCUGUAUCUGAUAGAAGCAGAGUGUCCAAAGGGUCCUGAUGUCCUGGUAGUUGUUCUGUCUGUAGUUGGUGCUAUUCUGUUGCUUGGACUGGCUGCUCUCUUGGUGUGGAAGCUCCUGAUCACCGUUCAUGACCGCCAAGAGUUUGCUAAGUUUGAGGAGGAGAAAGCCAAGGCUAAGUGGGAAGCGGCUAAUAAUCCGCUCUACAAAGGAGCCACCAGCACCUUCCAAAAUGUGGCAUAUAGUGGCAAUAAGGAAUGACAUCACAUCUCAAAGUUCAUCUCACAAUUAUCUGACAUUAUCACAUCAGGGUUUUUCUCCAUGAAAAUGGAUUUAGAGGUUUUAGUGGACUUAUAAGAUUGAACUGAAACAUUUUAAAAUAAUAAUUCACUGCUCCAAAGUCAGUCAUUUCACUCAUUUUUGAGAUGCAAAUUUAGUGCAUCUCAUGACAUUUUACAUACAUUCUUCCCUAUUUACCCCUUCCUAUGUCUUUAUUUAAAAUGUUGCUUAGAAACAGCUCAAGCUGAACUUUAUAAUAAAUUCAUAAAGAACAUGACAAAACGAAAUUAAUCGACACCCUUAGAACUUGUGUCAGGCAAUCAGAUUCACAUAAUCCAACACAUGCGCUUAUUUUUGGAGUUUUAGUUAACUCUUCUGCAACUGUUGCCAUAGUGAUUAUGAAUGAGGUUCACUCUGUUGUAAUCUGUUGUGCUUUAUUUUCCCACUGUGAUGAUAAAAAUAUAUCAUACAUGUAAGAUUCAUAUAAUAGAUAUAUGUGUAAAAUUAUUGUUUUAAAAAUUUAAUUUUUGUGUAUCGUAUGAUAUGAAAGCUGUUGUGGAAUUGGUAUGACUGAGCACCUUCCAGCACUAUUUUGUUUUUGUUUUGCACUGCUGGUAUCAAUUUGAUAAUACAUUUUAAACUUGCAUCAUCAAGUUGCCAGCGGAAAGUCUUUCCUGUAUCUGAUAGAAGCAGGUCAGGCGAGGGCAGAGAGAGACACUGUUACAUGUAACAUGUUGUGACAUGUUGUGAAACAUUCUCCACAAGAUUCACACUAACGCACACACUUAUAUGUGUUUGGUCAAAUUCACCGGUUUGGCUGGGGAGGUACUGUGUUGUAUCAGAAGUAUUUUUCUGGAAUUCAUGACAAAAAUAUUUUAAAGCUAUUUUCAGAAGCUAUGCAUGAAAACGUAAACAUAUACUGUACACAUUCUGUAUUCAUGUGAAAAACAGGAAGAGCAUUGGUAUGAGAAUAGGGUGUAAGAAUUUAAUAAAGUAUAGUCAAAAGGUAAGACGAUAAUGAACAAAUUCAUCUGAAUGCAACUAAGGAGUUCUGCGGGGGUUCUGGCUAUCAGUGACCUCGAUGUAACUUUGCAUGCAACAGUAGCACACACUUUAUCUGUGCUCAAAUCUGGCUUCAACAGAAUGGUGGUGAGAAAAGCAUUUUAAAAAUAAAACAAAUUACAUCCUGAGAAGCUCAAACCAAAAACUCUAAGAGAGAAUGAUUUUUUUUGUUCUUUUCCUACCUCGAGCUGUUUGUGCUGCAGUACUUUCAUCAUAACUAAAUGUCAUAACAUGUAUGUGACUGCGGUUUUAUGUUUUACAUGUGCUCAUGUUUUGAAUUGAACUGAAUGGUUUUACAUGUUUGCUUCAUUAAACUGUUUUAUGUUGAA